AUGACGAUGCUGCGGAGGAAGGAUGGAGAAAACAGCAGCAGCAGCUUCAAAUCUCUUUACAGUGGCUCCGGCCCUGCUGCAGAAUCCCUCAUCAUGACAAAAGAGGAGAACCUGGAGGUGCAGGAGAAGGAGAGGCACGACCGGGAGGAGCAGGAGGAGGGGAGGGAAGAAGAGGAAGAGGAGGAGUAUGAGCUAGAGGAAGAGAGGGAGCAGGAGGAGAGGACAGAAGUGGAGGAGGAUGAGGAAGAAGAGCAGCAGGAGGAGGAGCGGGAGGAGAGAGAGGAGCGCGAGGAAGAGGAGGAGGCUCCGGCCGAACCGGAGCCAGAGCCCGUGUCUGUGUCCGAGUACCAGAGUCCGGUUCACGAGCCGCGGCGCCGAGCCAUGGUGCACCCGUCCGCCCAGGCACCGCUGCCCAAAGACUACGCGUUCACCUUCUUCGACCCAAAUGACCCGGCCUGCUUGGAGAUCCUCAUGAAUCCCCAAACCACGGUCCCUGAGCUGUUCGCCAUCGUGCGACAGUGGGUUCCCCAGGUGCAGCACAAGAUUGACAUCAUCGGCAAUGAGCUCCUGAAGCGUGGUUGCCAUGUGAACGACCGCGAUGGUUUGACCGACAUGACGCUGCUUCACUACAGCUGCAAGGCCGGAGCGCACGGAGUUGGCGACCCGGCGGCAGCGCUGCGUCUCACCACUCAGCUGAUCUCGCUGGGCGCCGACGUGAGUCUGAGGAGCCGCUGGACCAACAUGAACGCCCUGCACUAUGCCGCGUACUUCGACGUCCCGGAGCUGAUCCGAGUCCUGCUCAAAGCAGCCAAACCCAGAGUCCUGAACUCCACAUGCAGCGAUUUCCACUAUGGUACGGCUCUCCACAUCGCCGCCUCCAACCUCUGCCUGGGUGCAGUCAAAUGUCUGCUGGAGCACGGAGCCAACCCCACCAUCCGGAACGAUAAGGGUCAGGUUCCAGCAGAGGUGGUUCCCGACCCAAUGGACAUGAGCCUGGACAAGGCGGAGGCGGCAAUGGUGGCCAAAGAGCUGAAGCAGCUGCUACUGGACGCCGUUCCACUGAGCUGCAAUCUUCCCAGAGCCACGCUGCCCAACUACGACAACAUCCCAGGAAACCUGAUGCUGGCCGCUCUGGGGCUGAAGCUGGGAGACCGCGUGGUGCUGGACGACAUGAAGCCCCACAGAGACCAGAGCAGAGACGACAGCCCGGCUGCAAAACGCAGACAGGCUGGCACUCUGAGGUUUUGUGGUACUACAGAGUUCGCCAGCGGGCAGUGGGUCGGCGUGGAGCUAGACGAGCCAGAGGGCAAGAACGAUGGCAGCGUGGGCGGCGUCCGCUACUUCAUCUGCCCUCCGAAGUUAGGGAUUUUCGCUCCAGUUUCAAAGAUUUCCAAAUCUGUGGACCAGACGGCUUCAUCAGUCACCUCCACCCCAAGAACACCCCGCAUGGAUCUGGCCUCCCGCCUCGCAGGAAAGACCAAGAAGGAGAAAGAGAAGAAGGAGAAAGAGCGAGAGAAAGCCCAGAAGAAGAAGGCUUCAGUAGCCAGUCUGGAUCCAGAGGGAAUGAAUGUGGAGGUCGGAGAUCAGGUUCUGGUAGCCGGACAGAAGCACGGCAUCGUUCGUUACUUUGGCAAGACGGACUUUGCUCCAGGUUACUGGUUCGGUAUCGAGCUGGACCAGCCCACAGGGAAACACGACGGCUCGGUGUUUGGGGUCCGCUACUUCAGCUGCCUGCCCAAAUAUGGAGUGUUUGCUCCGCCCUCCCGUGUCCAGAGAAUCGGAGGCCCUAAGGACGGCUCACAGAACGACAGCUCCACGGUGAAGAAGGUCCACCAGAUCACCAUGUCACAGCCGAAGCGUAACUUCAACACGAUGCGUUCUCCUAAAGACCUCACGUCUGAGAGCUCCAUAUCCAGGCUGCUCUUCUGUUGUUGGUUUCCGUGGAUGCUGCGCGCUGAGAUGCAGUCCUAACUACACCCUUCCUCUUCUCUCUUCUACUCCACCACCAGAUCAGAUCUCUCCGCUGUACUUGCUCUCCAUCUUCUACUCCUGCUUUCACCGACUUUCGCCGUCGUCAGUCAAACUUCUCGUGGUGACCCCGUCCCCCUCCUCUCUUAAUCUCAGCCCAGAACCUCCUAAUUUAGCCGUUCUAUAGCAAAAUCUAUAGUGCCUUGUAUCUGAUCAAAACGUUCCGCAUUCCUUUGAAGAAACCGAGAAUCCGAUUCCUCCAAAAAACCCAACCUUUCACGUCUUCUCACCUCAUCGUCCCAGCUCGGUAUUUGUCCGUGCUGUGCUGUCAUUCGGGGCCUAACAACAACCACCAAACGUUCGUUUGUGCUGCUACGUGCUUUUGUUUUUGCUGCUACUAGCUUUGGGUCUUAAACAGAUUUUGUCAUUAAUGCUAAGCUCGGCACAAGCUAGCUCAAACGUGGACAAUAAUGCAGAUAUUCAGCCUGUGCUUUGUGGUUUGGCAGAUGUGUUUGUUAAAUUCUCAGACGCUUUCUGCACAAAUGAACAAGAGCAGCGCAUGAGAGCUCAAACAGUUUGUGCAAAAUAAGUUUGUCUGCUCGCCUGAGACCAAGAACCUCUGCCGUCUCCGCUUGAGUUAAGAUGUAAAAAUCCCGAGUGCAUGGAGGGAAAAUCCCAGAAAACAUCCCGACUCCAAACUGUUUGAAACUCAGAAGUGAAAACAGGGUUUUUACUUGAACGCAGCCAAUAAUUGUCUGUAGGAGACUUUAUUUCCACUGCUGAUGUGUGAGAUAAGUAAGUGGUUCUUGGCCUCCGGGUAUGUGGAGGAGUGUGGAUGCUAACAUUUAAUAACAAGAAAAAGCUUUAUUUUUAAUUUACAUUUUUACAUUUUUCCUGACCACAAAGAACAGCUUUGAUGUUUAUCCUGCUGUUUGUCAGCCGUUAAUCUUUAAAGGUACUUUUAGCAAACGUCUGGCAGGAAAUGCAACGCACAUUUUCACCACAAGGUGGCAGCGCUUCAUCUGAGCUCCAGUGUAGUUUUCCACCAGCACUACAGUCGUCUACAUGCACAGAACGAUUUUUGUGCUCCAAUGAAUAAAAUAAGUCUGAUUAGCAACAUUUGUACGAAUGUUGAGCUAAUUUUAGAAUUUCUCGUGAGCAGUUUAGGUCCACCUGGUGGUCGACAGAGGUAUUACAUCAAUUUGCAUCUGCAACAUAAAUGUCUUUGACAUAAAGGCGCAAGCAAAAUCAUUUUUGAAGGAUUGAAUCUGCUUUUGUCCAAGAAUUCUUUACAAAAAGUACCUUUGAUUGUAGUCACUGCUAAUCAGCGUACUGCCAAAUACUCUGACUUUAACACUAAUAACAGGCUCCAGUUGUAAUCUGUUAACCAUAAACUGCUAACGGACCCAAACCGUUGACGUUUCUGGCCCCAUUUCAUGAGACUGUCAUGUCUUUAUGUUGCCUCUGAACACGAGCUUCAGUUCCAGCUAAAUGUGAUGUCCAGUCCAUUCAGGGUUGAAUAUGUCUUUGUAAUAUUAAGCGUCCCUUCAUCAGCGCCUCCAUUUCGAGGUUUUUAAUGACCUUUACUUAGAAGUUUAACCCCCAAACGAGCUCCCGAGUCCAAAUCUUUGAUCUUCCUCUGACCCUCCUCUCUCGCUCCUCUCUCUCUCCAUUUAAAUAAGACUUUGGUAUCUUUUGUGAAUGUGAGCAUCCGCGAAAAGAAAAACACAAGCUAACCUAAAUGUGUGCUUAAUGGUAAAUCUCUGCAUAACUGAGAAACAGCAAUAUGUAAACAGUAUCUCUGUGUGGAAACGUUUCCUGUGUUAAUGUCUCGUUACACUCUGUGAGCACUCGAUACAGAGAGAUGAACACACUCGCGCUCGGAUGGCCGAGGCUGCUGGGGCGAGCCCAGAGAAUAACCGGACAAGCGAAGGGAUGAAAUCCAUCCUCAGUUUUUAUCAAAGUCAAGUGGAAAGUGACCCAGAUGCCACCAGGAAGACCGUGGAGCGUAUCUGGUGAGGUCAGAUCCUCAGUUUGUGCUGCUUCAUUAUUCUGUUAUCUGAUUCUUGGACGGAGCAUUCAGAUCUCAUGAGCAAGACCGGGCAGCUUCCAGAGAUGUAAAACUUUAAACUAUGAGAAUUAUGAAAUAUGACCAACCACCUUCCUGCAAACACUGGUGGAAGGUCAUUUUAGAGAAUGAAGAGGUCGUUAAGAGCCUCUCAGGCGGGGCUUGCCGGUUUUUCUCUCCGUGUGCUCUGCAGCCUCGGCCAAAGGAGACAUUUGUGGUUGCUCGUGCACACUGCUGUGGAUAAUGUCCUGUUUGUGCCCGUGGAAUCAGCUUCAACAUUAUACUAACGAGAACUGCAGUGCUUUUGCUUUUCCACUCACCGGGCGCUCAGUUUAACUCAGUCAGCUGCAGGAUUUAGUCCAUGUGGUCACAAACCUUUCAUUCCUGCUUGAACUUGACCUGAGCCUCGCCUCUGAAUGACUUAACCAGACGAGCGGUAGGUUGAGUCAUGUCGCGUUCCCCACGGACACAAACUGGUGUCCUGGUAGGACUGUAGUAAAUUUAAGCUGCUUUAAGGAUGUCCUGAAAUCAUCAUGGAUGAGAUGAACACAAAAAGUCAGUCCUGCAUCCAUCGAGUUGUUGGAACCGUCCAAAACUGUCCUGAGAAGCAGCUUUUUGAAAAAUGGGACUAGACGUUCGAGCGAUGUGCAGAUGACUUACUGCUUUACCUUCACAAAUAAAUAUCACAGCCACAGCCCAAACAAGCCAGACGAACCGGAGUCAGUCCACGUGUCGUAUUUGCAUCUGUUUAUAGUUUCACACUGGAAAUUCAUCGCCACAAGUCAGCUGUCGUAGCACGGCGUUCAAUGCUGAAGCUCCACCCAGUCGGGCGAGCGUUAGUGGACCGCAGUGAUGGUGGAGGUUUGUCUUUGUACAGUAAACGUACAGUAACAGUACAGUCGAUAUGUCGGUUUGAACGUAGCGUGCUGUGUAGAUGUGGAGCGUCACCAGUUAUUAAGGAAGCGUUACAGACGUUUUUAUCGCCACAUAUUUUCACUUUGGUUUCUGUAUCCAAGGCCGUUGCCGCUCUUUUUGCCUGAUUUAGCUCUUUAACUACAAACUCUCACUUUGUCGUUUUUGUUGAUUGGAUUUCAAACAUGCUUUUACUUUAAGAUUGGUUUCCUUACUUUAAGAUUGGUUUCCUUACUUUAAGAUUGGUUUCCUUACUUUAAGAUUGGUUUCCUUACUUUAAGAUUGGUUUCCUUACUUUGAGGCAGCAGGAAUGUUUGAAAUUUUGCAUCCUUGUCGAGAUUCAGCCACUGAAACUCCGUCACGUCGUAGCCAUCAUCUUCUCCUAAUCGAAACCAAAAUGUGACUGUAAAUUAAAAAUGUUCUAGAAAUGUUUCCACUUUUUGGUUUCAAAUGAAAAUCCUGUUUGAUGCCUUCAUCGCCCACGUUGGCUUCGUUUCUCCACACUUCAACAAGAUGAGAUGACGUUAAAUACAUGUAUCCUGAGAAUCGUGAUCAGGGAUGCACCGAUCAAACUUUUUCAGCUCCAGUGUGGUAGCCUGGCUUUGGGUGUCUGCUGAUAUCGAGGACUGACCCAGGAACAGUCUGGGAUGAGGAAGCAGUGAUCUUUACUGAUCUUUACUGGAAGCUGGAGCCUGAAAGUGAAAAUUUAAAAGCAAAGAAGAGAAACUCCCGUUAGCCUCGUUAUGAGUGUUGACGUUGGUCCACCAGAGGGCAGCUUCCCUGAUGAAACCAAACAAAAACAAGGUUAUGACAAUAUUAUCUUAUUAAAGACUCACAAAUACAACAGAUAUUCAGGAAAUCUGUUUGUAUUUCAAGUGUCUGGAAGACAAAAAUAUCAUUGGUUGAACUGAUUUGUGCGUCGCGUCUGUUACUUUAGUUUCCUUUGGUCCUCUCGGUCUGAGUGCUCCUCACAUGCACGUUUGUAUCAUCCACAAAUAAAAGCUGUUUGCAUCGGACGUGUGAAAAGCCUCAGAGUUGCUUUCCUGUUGGCUCCCUCCAUGCUGCACCACAGCUGACAGGCCCUUGCUGAUGGGCGGUGUAAGCUACAUACAGCUGAACGACUUGUUGAAGUGUUCGGCGUCAGACUGACAGACAACCCAAAUAUCCGAUCAGUGCAUCCGUGAUCACGGUUGGUUCUGGAGAAGCGUUGUUAUUAUGUCGUAUGAGCACAAACACGGCGAUCGUCUCUCAUCUUCCACAACUCAAGACGAAGCUGAGUCAGGAGUUUAUUGUCAGUCGCCUCUGUGAUUUCUUUCCUCCUGAUGUGAAGCCGGGAGCCGUUGGACAGUUUUAGCAGCUCAGCUCUUGUUUGCAACACAACUUCUCUGCAAGCAGAUUUUCAGAGCUGCACUGACGCCAGCGGCUGCUUAAAGGAAGGAAAUCAGUCAUGUUUGGAUCAGCAGGAAUGGAAACUGUGAUUUGUAGUUAACUGAGAGAGUCGGUGUCCUUUAAAGAAGUGACGGCUGUCUGAGGAUGUAACGUCGAAAUCACAGAAACGAACUCGGCGCUGCUCGUUUCAACAUUCGGAGUCUGAAGAUUAUACAGUAUAUAGCCUAUAUUUUGAUAACUUCACUAAGUGUACUUUUUGUUCUCUGGUUUUGUAAAGUGUGCGUGUGUGUUACUUUAGUCCAUGUGUGUGCGUCACUCCUGUUUUCAAAGUGUGUUUAAAGCCGACGGGCGCGGAAGCAGAAACAGGAGAGAAGGAGCAUCGACGUCUUCUUCCUAACAGAUCCUCACUGCAUGCUCUCAGUAUUUUCUCAUUCGGGUUUUCAGUGUAUCUUCUCAUCAGCAUGAAAAUGCUUCUAAUAAUAACAACUAUGAAUAUAAUAAAGAUUUGAUGUUUUUCUAAA